GAUUCCAGGAAAAGCUGAAUAACUGCUUUUCAUUUUUGAAUUUUUAUUUCUUCAUUGUUUGGUGACAGUGUUUCAGCAGAUACUGCUGCCGGUGUCUGGUCUGAAGGGGAGACUCUCACACGGGUUUAGAGGAUGGCAGAGUGCAGAAGGAGAUGAAAAGAGGAGAGCAGCAGAGGUUUGUGUGCGGAACUUCAGAGCUGCAGAAGUCUUUUGUCCUGAGCUCUCCGUGCACGCUUGGACCGGAGCUGACCAUGAGGAUGAGCAUGGAAUGCAGAUGGAUCGGUCAAGACAAGUUUCCAAUAUAGAGCUUCCUGUUUGGAGUUACACCUGAGAGUGAGUGUGUCUGAUGGAUUACGGUGUUUUCUUCGAGCUGCUGACAUGAAUUCAGAGGCCAGUGAGAUGUGGAAGCGCUCGCCUUCAGGAGAAAUCUGAGACCUGGAUGAGCCCCCGAGCACCACGAGAACAUUUAAGUGAAGGAGACAAACCAUGGACUUGUUAUGGUGUGGCAGCGGACCGAUCGUGUGCUCUUAACCCGUUUGUAGCACCCUCUACCCCUCACCCCAUGUCACAGCUUUCCCUGAAUUAUGGAAAUUUUGUGGAAGACGCUGACUUGGACACUGAGCCUGGUGGUGAUGGCUGCUUCUGAGUUUCAAAGCAUCAACAGACUUUCACACAAUUCUCAAGAGGAGUUCCUGUCCUACCUGCAGCACUACCAGCUGACUGUCCCGGUGCGGGUGGAUGAGAACGGAGAGUUCCUGAGCUACACUGUGAAGCACCACCGCCCAGGCAGACGGAGACGCGGGGCAGUGGACCCCAUAAUGGGGCAGCUGCCCGCAUUAGACCCCCCAGAGUCCCGGCUGUUCUACAGACUGUCAGCCUACGGAAAGCACUUUCACUUAAACCUGACGCUCAACCCCCACCUGGUGUCGAAACAUUUUACAGUGGAGUACUGGGGCAAAGACGGGCUGGAGUGGCGUCAUAACAUGGUAGAUAACUGUCACUAUGUUGGUUUCUUGCAAAAUCAGCACAGCACGACCAGAGUGGCACUCAGCAACUGCAAAGGCCUGCAUGGUGUUAUAACAACAGAGGAAGAACAGUAUUUGAUAGAGCCAUUAAAGAACAUAUCCUCCACCACCUCCAGUGAAUGGAACCUGGAAGAAGCACAGCAACAUGUUAUUUAUAAAAUGUCUGCCAUUCCCUCACCACAAGAGCAUAGCCAGGAGUUCAGCUGUGGCAUUUCAGACCUCAUCAAAAGCAGUACACCGUGCCAGUUCAGCACACCCUCCCCUGUCCACUUGUCUCCACCGCCCCAAAACGACAGCGAGCAGUCGGACAGCACCCACAGACAGAGGCGCUCCGUCAGCAGCGAGCGCUUCGUGGAGACGCUUGUGGUUGCUGAUAAAAUGAUGGUCGGUUACCACGGACGCAAAGACAUCGAGCACUACAUCUUGUCUGUAAUGAAUAUUGUUGCCAAACUUUACCGUGAUGCCAGUCUAGGAAAUGUUGUGAACAUUAUUGUGACCCGGUUGAUAGUUCUGACUGAAGAUCAGCCUAACCUGGAGAUUAACCAUCAUGCUGAUAAGUCUCUGGACAGUUUCUGUAAAUGGCAGAAGUCCAUCCUGUCUCAUCACGGUGAUGGAAACAGCAUUCCUGAAAAUGGGAUGGCUCAUCAUGACAACGCUGUCCUAAUCACCCGGUAUGACAUCUGCACCUACAAGAACAAACCCUGUGGUACCUUAGGCUUGGCCUCAGUGGCUGGGAUGUGCGAGCCGGAGAGGAGCUGCAGCAUCAAUGAAGACAUCGGCCUCGGCUCUGCUUUCACCAUUGCGCACGAAAUCGGCCACAAUUUUGGGAUGAACCACGAUGGGAUCGGGAAUUCCUGCGGCACCAAAGGCCACGAGACAGCCAAACUGAUGGCUGCUCACAUAACCGCCAACACCAACCCUUUCUCCUGGUCUGCCUGCAGCAAAGACUACAUCACCAGCUUUCUCGACUCAGGUCGGGGGACGUGUCUGGACAAUGAACCCCUGAAACGAGACUUCCUGUACCCAACAGUGGCCCCGGGGCAGGUGUACGAUGCAGACGAGCAGUGCCGCUUCCAGUACGGAACUUCCUCACGCCAGUGCAAGUAUGGGGAAGUGUGUAGAGAGCUCUGGUGCCUUAGCAAAAGCAACCGCUGUGUAACUAACAGUAUCCCUGCUGCAGAGGGGACUCUGUGCCAGACCGGCAGCAUAGACAAAGGGUGGUGCUAUCAGGGGGAGUGUGUGGCGUUCGGUACCUGGCCUCAGAGUGUGGACGGAGGCUGGGGGCCCUGGUCCCUGUGGGGGGAGUGCAGCAGGACCUGUGGGGGCGGUGUUUCCUCCUCCAUGAGGCACUGUGACAGCCCAGCCCCGUCUGGAGGAGGCAAGUACUGUCUUGGAGAGAGGAAGCGUUACAGAUCCUGUAACACCGACGCCUGUCCUGUCGGAUCUCGUGAUUUCCGAGAGAAGCAAUGUGCCGACUUUGACAGCAUGCCUUUCCGUGGGAAGUACUACAACUGGAAGCCUUACACUGGUGGUGGUGUUAAGCCCUGUGCGCUGAACUGUUUGGCAGAAGGCUACAACUUCUACACCGAGCGCUCUCCUGCAGUCAUAGACGGCACCCGAUGUCAGGCUGACUCUCUGGACAUCUGCAUCAAUGGGGAGUGUAAGCAUGUGGGCUGCGACAACAUCCUGAGCUCGGACGCUAAAGAAGAUCGAUGUCGCGUCUGCGGUGGGGACGGCAGCACCUGCGAGGUGACGGAGGGACUCUUCAAUGAAUCUCUUCCCCGAGGAGGCUACAUGGAGGUGGUUCAGAUCCCAAAAGGGUCGGUUCACAUCGAGAUCAAGGAACUCACGAUGUCGAAGAACUACAUCGCGCUGAAAUCUGAAGGGGACGACUACUACAUCAACGGGGCGUGGACCAUCGACUGGCCCAGGAAGUUUGACAUCGCGGGGACGGCCUUCCACUACAAGAGGCCCUCUGACGAGCCGGAGUCGUUAGAGGCGCUGGGAGCUACGACUGAAAACCUGGUUGUCAUGGUUCUCCUUCAGGAGCAGAACCUGGGAAUACGCUACAAGUUCAACGUGCCCAUCCAGCGCACUGGAAGCGGUGACAACGAGGUGGGCUUCUCCUGGCACCACCUGCCCUGGUCCGAAUGCUCCGCUACCUGCUCAGGAGGCUCCCAGAAGCAGGAAGUGGUGUGUAAAAGGCUGGACGACAACUCGGUGGUCCAGAACAGCUACUGUGACCCAGACGGCAAACCUCCAGAGAACCAGCGAGACUGCAACACUGAGCCGUGUCCUCCCGAGUGGUUUAUCGGCGACUGGUCGGAGUGUGGGAAGACCUGUGACGGCGGGAUAAGGACGAGGACGGUCCUGUGCAUCAGGAAGAUUGGCCCCGCUGAGGAGGAGACACUGGAGGACACCCACUGUCUGACUCACCGCCCCAUAGAACGAGAGUCGUGCAACAACCAGUCCUGCCCGCCAAAGUGGGUCACUCUGGAUUGGUCAGAGUGCACACCUAAAUGCGGCCCCGGCUUCAAGCACCGCAUCGCCUUGUGCAAGAGCAGCGACCUGACCAAGACCUUCCCUCCCGCCCACUGCCCGAGUCACAACAAGCCUCCGGUCCGAAUCCGCUGCAGCUUGGGACGCUGUCCUCCUCCUCGCUGGAUCCCUGGCGAAUGGGGACAGUGUUCGGCCCAGUGCGGCCUGGGCCAGCAGAUGAGGACGGUCCAGUGUCUGUCCUACACCGGGCAGCCGUCGAAUGAGUGCGCAGAUUCCCUCCGACCCACCACCAUGCAGCAGUGUGAGAGCAAGUGCGACGCCACCCCCAUCUCCAACGGCGACGAGUGCAAGGACGUCAACAAAGUGGCCUACUGCCCGCUGGUACUGAAGUUCAAGUUCUGCAGCCGUGCGUACUUCAGACAGAUGUGCUGCAAGACCUGCCAGGGGCACUGAGCCUGGGAGCAUGAGAGCGAGAGAGAGGGGGAGAAAGGCAAGGAAGAUGGAGGGAGGCUCAUACGGCACUGAAAGGGAAAGAAGAAAACAGGGCAGACUGAGAGAAAAAAAACAAAACCUCUGGACCAGCGGAAGACAGAUGAGAUCAGCGCUGGCCAAAGAAGAAGUAAGGAUUUCCCUGUUUAUCACACCUGAUCCUCCAGCCCUCCAUCGUGGUGGAGUCCAAACCACUGCUCAGCCCGUAGCGCUGACACAAACUUUUACUUUUUUUUUUUUUUUGUUUUUAAAGAAAUUCACUUCUGUGAAGUGGAACUCGGAAGAUUAUUUGUUGAUGAUGUUAUUUUUAUUAUAAUAAUAAUUAUUAAUAUCAUUGUUAGUCUUCCUUCGUGUUUUUUGUUUUAUGAAUCCAAAGUGCUGGACACAUCGCUCACAGAGGAUGUACCCCGCAGACAGACGGACGGACGGACGGACGGACAGGCGGGAGGACUGCUCAUCUGGGGAGGAAGAAGCAGAAGAAGAAAGGGGGAGCGGGAGCUGAAAGUGUCGGACUCCCGUCUUUGAGAGGACUGUGGACGGUGCUAUUUGGCAGGCGGACUUUCGGCUUCGGUGCACUUUUCUGUGUAAAUACUUUGCCAAUUUACCACUCAAACAGGACAGAGAAACCCCAUCGGUGUACUGUAUAUUUAUUGUACAAUUCCAAACAGAGCUGAGAUACUGUCCUCUGAUCAUGUUUGUGUCAGAUAGUAGCCUACUGUCAUGGAAGGGAAUGUAAUGUGACUGAAUUCAUGUUCAACGUCUCUGUGCUGGAACGAAAAUAUUACAUACUGUAACAUACGUUAAAUCCUUAUUAUACUGUAAGGACUUGUAUAUUAUAUAUGAUGUUAAUCCACAAUCCAGAAAAUCCCACGUGGUCAUCAGAGGAUCUUUAAAUCACUUUUUCUUUUCCCCAGACCGGUGCCUUAGUUCCUAACACUGCAAUAAAAGUUCAGUCUUUGGUCCAUAAGUAGUAUGAGGACAUUGUCAGACUGUGCCUGGGCCGCAUGCAACACUUGUCACCAAACUGGCCUUUACUAAGCGUCCCACUGAGGAGCUUUCAGUAUUGAAGGAUUCAUUUUGAAGGAGCAUUUUUUUUUUAUUUUAUGAAGCAGCUUGGAAUCGCAGUGCAGCCACUGUUUCUUACUCUUUAAAGCUGGAUGAUUAUUAAAGACGUGUCACGGCUUCGGUGCUGACUGAGAGC